UUACAAGUAUAUGACAUCUACAUUAUAAGAAGGGUACCUCGGGCAGCCCACGCUCGGGACGUGAACAUCUGCAUCUGGACCGCGCGCAAGUCGGUCGAUCAUGGAAUAAAUGAUCGCGUCAUGGUCCAUGGUGAUGGUACACGGGCUGAUGGUCCCAGGUUUAAGUACUUUGCCCGAAUUAGCUAGAUAGUGGGCUCGCGGCCGAGCCGAGCCGCGCGGAGCAUCGUGGGGUCUCAAGCAAUGUAGUAGCCGCUCAGGCCGGUUAUCUGGCCCGUCCCACUACUAAAGCGCCUGAAACG